CAUUUGGGGUUAAAGCAAGUCACGAUGCCCAUCAGAGGAAGAAGAAUACGCAUUCAUCUCCUGUCCUCGAAAUAAAACAAAAAUGAUUAGAGACUUAGUAUUAUUAAUUAUUAUUGUUAUUAGUGAAAGCAGCUCUAUUAAGAAGAAGCCAAUCCCCUCAAACUUGCCAUAGAAGCCUCCUCCUCCUCCUCCUCCUCCUCUGUCCUUAUGGCCGCCGCCGCCGCCUCCUCCUCCUCUUCUUCCUGCUUCACUUGUUGUUUCCGAUUCAUCAAACUCAGGUGCAAACGCUGCUUAGAAAGAGUAGCUGAUGUCACCAGUACUAGUGCUGCUGGCAUUACUGCUUCCCGUUCCGAAGGAGAAGAGGCACAACGAAAGCAAGGUCUGCAUCAGAAUCAUCCUCGUAAAUUCAGUUGGGAUGAAUUGGAAAGGUUCAGCUCCAAUUUCUCGCGGGUGGUUGGAUCCGGAGGGUUCAGCACUGUUUAUCUCUCCCAAUUCCCGGAUUCAAGCCUUGGGGCAAUUAAGAUGAUCCACGGCGCCAGCAGCAGCCAGCGGCUUCAUCGGGUUUUUAAGCAGGAGCUGGACAUUCUCCUCCGCCUCCGACACGAUCACAUCGUCAAGCUUCUUGGCUACUCUGAUGAUCCAGAAGAAAGCAUUUUGGUGUUUGAGUAUGUUCCCAACGGGAAUUUGCAAGACAAACUCCAUACACCUAAAGCAAGAAGAGGAGGAAAAACAGGAGCAGGAGCAGAUGGAGAGGAGGAGGAGGAGGGCGUGCUUUCGUGGAACAGCCGCAUCAAAAUAGCAUUUCAACUUGCCCAGGCCUUGGAAUAUCUCCACCACAAGUGUCCCUUACAGAUAGUUCAUGGGGACAUCAAAGCUUCCAACAUUCUCUUAGACAGCCACCUCAACUGUAAACUCUGCGAUUUUGGAUCCGCCAAGAUGGGAUUCGCUUCCUCGGUGCUCCCGCCCUUUUCUUCAUCUUCUUCUUCUGCAACGAGCAGCAGCAGAAUGAUGCUUGGGUCUCCCGGUUACGCCGAUCCUCACUACCUCAGGACAGGGAUCGCCUCCAAAAAGAACGACGUGUAUAGCUUCGGAGUUAUCCUUCUGGAACUCAUAACGGGGAGGGAGGCCCUCUGCUCCCGCACCGGCCACAAGUUGACUUCCAUCGCUGCACCCGCGCUGAGGGAUCCAUCGAAGCUGCCCCAGUUGCUGGAUCCACGUCUUCUCCGAGGCGACGAUCCUGAAUUGUUGGAACAAGUCAAGGUCAUGGCUUCCAUUUCAGCAACGUGCCUUUGCGAUUCUCCCGCCCUUAGGCCUUCAGCUUCCGAUAUCCUCAAUGCCAUCAUUCGCCACCAAUAUUCCCUCCUUCCCAUUUCCUAGUUCCUAUUACUCCUCCUCCUAGUGAUGCAACGCCUAACAAGUUUUGAUACACCUCCUACAUGACACUUACAAGUCCCAUACCAUACUAGGAUUUCAUUUCUUCUGUCUUACCCCAACAAUUUUGCCUCUUUCUUUUUGUUUUUUUUUUUGGGGGGCCGGGAUGGGGUUGGGGAAGAGCAAAACCACACAGCUGGCGCGCCACUACUACUUUAGAUUGCACAUUAAGCACUCUGGUUAGGAAAAUAAGCAUUAGGCUCAAUGGUAUGUACAGUAUAUUGCUCAAGCGUUUUUACCGCAACAGGGACUGGGUUGUUUUCGGAGCAUCAAUCACUUGAUGUACUGCACCCGACGCUUCUAUUUUUGACAAACGCUUUUUCGCUUC